CAGUAACACUUGCGGCCGCGCGCUGACUGCACGCUCGCGUUGCGCGGAAACCCUGUAGGGUCCUACCGAUCGAGAUAUUUAUUAUAAUUGCUCGAUAUUAUAAAAAAAUAAUUAAUUUAUUUAAACGUUUAAUAUUUUACGUCAAAUAUUUAAUAGAUAUUCCGCAAAUAGUAUGUCUUAAAGAGCUUAAAUUGUGCUUUUUUGUACUAGUUUUGUUUUUCUUUUCUCUUUGGGAAAAUCAAGUGAUGAAGGGACAAAGUAAACGGUUUGUGAAUCACAAGGGAAAAGCUUACGACAUGGGUGUGAAGAAACAGGACGACAGUAUUGGAUUUUUUGACUUGUGGCGAUAUUCAACAUGGGUAGAGGUGUGUGCGACGCUGCUGGGCUCACUGUCGGGCUGCCUGUGCUCAGGCGGACUGGUGGCCGCGGUGCUGAUCUACGGCGAGCUGACCGCGCUCUUCAUCACGCGCCACAAGACGGAGCGCACCGCCGGCCACGCAAACAUACUGCACAUAUUCGGAGGAGACAGACUAGUGUGAGUGUUGUACGAGUUGGUGACGCUGCUGGCUCACUGUCGGGCUGCCUGUGCUCAGGCGGACUGGUGGCCGCGGUGCUGAUCUACGGCGAGCUGACCGCGCUCUUCAUCACGCGCCACAAGACGGAGCGCACCGCCGGCCACGCAAACAUACUGCACAUAUUCGGAGGAGACAGACUAGUCACGGGCAGCAACAGAACGCAGCACAUGGACGCGCUGGUGGAAGACUCGAUCGCCUUCGCGGUGGCCAGCUUCGCCAUCAUGGCGUGCCAGCUCACCGCCGCCGCCUGCGCCGUCACACUUGCCAACUGGGCCGCGGGGAGGAUGAUAACAAGGUUAAGAUGGAAACUCUUAAGAUCAGUAUUAAGUCAAGAGACAGGAUUUUUUGAUACCAACACCACGAUGAACUUCGCUUCGACGUUAACAGAAGACACAGAAAAAUUAAAAAUGGGUGUCGGCGAGCACGUGGCGAUGGCGUCGUACCUGGGCGGCAGCGUGCUGGUGGCGUCCAGCGUGGCGCUGGCACACGGCUGGCAGCUCACGCUCUCCGGCCUGGCCGUCGUGCCGCUGGCGCUCUUCGUGGCUGCCACUGUUGCCAAGAACCUGACCCGCUGCUCGGCGGCCGAGGUGGUGGCGUACGGCGCGGCGGGCCGCAUCGUGGAGCAAGCGCUGUCCGCCGUGCGCACCGUGCGCGCUUACGCGGGGGAGCAAGUUGAAGUCAACAACUACUCGUGCGCGCUGACGGGCGCCAGCGCUGCGGCCCGGCGGCGCUGCGCGUGGGCGGGCGCGGGCGCGGGGCUCGGCUGGCUGCUCACCUACGGCCUCAACGCCAUCGUGUUCGCGUACGGCGCGGCGCUCUGCGUCGACGACAUGCCGCUGCCGCCCGAGGAGAGGACCUACCACCCUGGGAUUAUGGUCACGGUUCUGUUCUGCACAUUCAUGGCAGCUCAAAACAUCGCUAUGCUGAACCCUCACUUGGAGAUAUUCUCGACCGCGCGAGGAGCAGCCAAGUCCCUCUUCCAUCUUCUAGAACGAGAGUCCAAGAUCAAUGCCUUACAGGACUCUGGAGUCAAGCCUGAGGCGUUCAAGGGCGACAUCGUCUUUGAUAAUUUAUAUUUCAAUUAUCCUUCGAGGCCUGAUGUGAAGGUACUCCGCGGGCUAAGCCUGCGCGUGCACGCGGGCGAGACGGUGGCGCUGGUGGGCGGCUCGGGCUGCGGCAAGUCCACGCUGCUGCAGCUGCUGCAGCGCGCGUACGAGCCCGACAGCGGCGCCGUGGCCGUGGACGGGCACCGCCUGCACGCCUUGCACCUGCACAACUUCCGCAGGAAGAUCGGUGUCGUUGGUCAAGAACCAGUUCUCUUCAGCGGCACUAUUCGUGAGAACAUAAUGAUGGGAGUGGACGACGCGACUGAGGCUGACAUGAUCGAAGCUGCCAAGACUGCGCACGCCCAUCAGUUCAUCACCAAGUUAGCCGAUGGCUACAACACCACCCUAGGAGAAAGGGGAGCACAGUUAUCUGGAGGACAGAAGCAACGAGUCGCCAUAGCGCGGGCUCUGUUGCGGAAACCGGCCAUCUUGCUGCUGGACGAGCCCACGUCAGCACUGGACCCGGCUGCGGAAAGACAAGUCCAAGCUGCCUUGGACGCUGCCAGCAAAGGGAGGACGACUUUAGUGGUUUCUCAUAGGCUAUCGACAAUAGUGAACGCAUCCCGCAUCGUGUACAUAGAGCAAGGCGCUGUGUUGGAGCAAGGAACGCAUUUGGAACUGCUUGAGAAAAAGGGCGCCUACUGGAAACUGUUGCAGGACGACAUGACGCACAGAAGCAUAGCCGCAGCGCAAUCUGAGUCCAGUGAAGACGAAGUGGUGGACGCUCAAGCUGAUAACAAACUGCAAAGAGUUAGACGCAACAGCAGCAUUUGCUCCACACACAGAGAAUCGUUCCGACGCGAUCGGUUUGUCCGCGGCAGUCUCCGUUUGGGCUCCAUGUCUACAAACCAACUAGCAUCUGCUCCCAGUGUCUUUGAGGAAGACGAAAGCGAAGUGGAGGAGGAAGAGAAAGAGGCGGACGUGUCGAGCUGGCAGCUGCUGAAGCUGAACAGCGAGGAGUGGCCGAUGCUGGCGGGGGGAGGGGCGGCGUCGCUGCUGAUCGGCGCUACCAUGCCUGUGUUCGCAUUAUUGUUCUCAAAGCUUUAUGGGAUGUUCUCGUGGCCCGACCACGACGAAAUCCUCCGCUACUCUCAGAUCUACGCCGGCAUGUUUGCGUGUGCAGCCUUCGUGAGCGGCAUGGUCACCUUCCUGCAAGCCUACUUAUUCGGACUGGCCGGGGCCAAGCUCACGGACAGAUUGAGGAUACUCACGUUUAAGAACUAUUUAGUGCAGGAACAAGGCUGGUUCGACGUGCCGACGAACUCAGUGGGAGCUCUGUGCGCUCGCCUGGCAUCUGACUGCGCCGCCGUGCAGGGAGCUACAGGUACUCGACUGGGCACAAUGUUACAAGGCGUAAGCACUAUGGUGUUGGGCGUUAGUCUUGCGAUGGCUUUCUCUUGGAAGAUGACCCUAGUGAGCUUGCUGAGCGUGCCAUGUGUAAUCGGUGGUAUAUGCCUGGAAGGCUGGGUGACCAAGAAGUCUGAAGUUAAAGAACAACGUGCCUUAGAGAGUGCCUCCCGCCUCGCAACUGAAGCUGUACUCAACGUGCGAACUGUCCAUAGCCUAGGCGUGGAGUGGGCGAUCCUCCACCGCUACCAGCUCGCGCUGCAGGAGGCGGAGCAGCACGUGCGGCGCUCGCGCUGGGUGCGCGGGCCGGUGUACGGGCUGUGCCUGUGCGCGCCCACGCUGGGCUACGCGGUGUCGCUGGCGUACGGCGGCUACCUCAUCGCGCGGGAGGACUUGAACUACGAGUACGCUAUACUGGUAUCCGAGGCCUUAAUCUACGGCGCGUGGAUGUUAGCGGAGGCGCUGUCGUUCGCACCUAACUUCGCGGCGGCGCGUCGUUCCGGCGCUCGUAUCAUCCGCGCGCUGGCGCGGCGGCCAGCUGUUGUCACUGAGAAUAGCGCUGUCGAUGAUCCGACUUGGAAAGCGACCGGUAAACUGGCCUUCUCCAACAUCCAUUUCCACUACCCGACGCGGCCCAACGUGCCGGUGCUGCGCGGCCUCGACCUGGAGCUGCCGGCCGGCAAGACCCUGGCGCUGGUUGGACCCUCGGGCUGCGGGAAGUCGACCAUCAUGCACCUGCUGAUGAGGAGCUACGAUCCUAAUCAAGGAGUAGUGCGCAUAGACGGGCGCGACGCGCGGCGCGACCUGCCGCUGGGCCGGCUGCGUGCGCAGCUGGGCCUGGUGCAGCAGGAGCCCGUCAUGUUCGAGCGCUCCAUCCGCGACAACAUCGCGUACGGCGACACCGCGCGCGACGUGCCGCUCGACGAGAUCAUCGCGGCCGCCAAGAUGGCCAACGUGCACUCCUUCGUCGCCACCUUGCCCUCGGGCUACGACACGGUGCUGGAGGCGGGGUCGGCGGCGCUGUCCGGGGGGCAGAAGCAGCGGGUGGCCAUCGCGCGCGCGCUGCUGCGGAACCCCAGGGUGUUGCUACUCGACGAAGCUACGUCCGCACUCGACGCCGCCAGUGAAAAGGUGGUGCAAGCGGCGCUGGAGACGGCGGCCAAGGACCGCACCACCGUCAUCAUAGCGCACCGCCUCGCCACCGUGAGACACGCUGACGUCAUCAGUGUCGUCGACAAAGGCGUAAUCGCAGAGAGUGGUUCACACGAGGAAUUAGUCCGCAAACGAGGCUUAUACUGGGAGUUGCUGCAGCAGCAAGGCCCUACCGAAAUGAACUCGUGACAAUGACGACAACUCGACCUUGAUAUUUGCCAUUUUGUUGUCGCCCUUCUGUGCGAUCUGCUGAUGUCGUACAAGGACACAACGUAGUGCUUCGAUGUGCUUUAGCAAAUCCAUUGAAUUAUAUGCACUACAUACUGGAGAAGCUGUUCCUAAUAAAAAUCAUGCUGUGACAAAACGCCGGGGCAUACCCCCUUUGCAGCGCUAUAACAUUAAGUCUACCCAUACUAUUAAAGAGACUUGAUAGCCUAGUGGAUACUAUUAAAAUAUGCAGCGCUAGAUUUUUCUUACGUUUCCCUUAACAUAGUAAGCUAGCAAGAAACGAUAUAUGAAGUGCAGCGAUGUCACCUCAGUUCAACGGAAGACAGUAGUGGUAGGUGGUGUCUUCUCUAGUACGUAGUACAUAUAACCAAAUGUUAUAUAACCUCAACUCAAUAUAUAAUAAUAGAGUAAAUAAUACUCUGUAGAUGUCGGAUCGUGCCUGCCUUUUUAUACACCUUUUGUAUUAGUAAAUUUAAGAUAUUGUUAAAAGUGACGUAUGAAAGUGGUUAUUGUGUAAAUGUAUUGUGAUUUGCUUAGCGAAAUAGGAUAUUUAGAAUGAAUUGCAUUUGUAGUCUAAAUUUGGUAAGUAGUUGAUGAUUUAUAAUAUUGCAAAACCAAAGUAUCUAUGCAAGAAAUGUUUUGUUGUACUUUAGCAAAUUACCAUGACAUACAAAUAUUAAAAAUUAUAAAACUUGUAGGAGUUGAAUGAGAUGUGAUUAAAUUAUGUUAAGAAUAGCAAGUACCUAUACAAAAUACUUGCAUUUAUUCAAAUCUAAAGCCUAAAAUAUAAAAAGAAAUCUAGAGAUACUGUAAACCAUUUUUGUUUCGAAAAUUUGUAUCAUGUUGACUAUUUUCGGGCGAUUGAGGUUGUGACAAUAAGAUCGAGAAACUUAUGAAAAUUGAGUAAUAUAAUAUCAAAACUCUUAGUAUAAAGAUAGAUAAUAAGCUAUUGACUGUGAUUAAAAAUUUAGUAUUAAGUAAUUUUAGAAUUGCCUAAAUACAUGUAAGCUACUGAUUUCUAUUUAAAAAUGUACAAAUCAAUCAUAAUAUUGUGAUUUUAUAAGUAAACAAAUAUACAAUUAAGAAUAAGA